CUGAGCUUCUUUUCUCUUUUAUUAGAGUAUUUUUCUUUCUUGAGUUCACUCACCAUACUUCCUUCUUUUCCUCUAGUGUAUCAGUAUAGAUGUAAACGAUUCAGUCUCACUUCAUAUUUUAUACUCGUAUUUAGUUUUAGCUUAGUAUGUUCCGGUCAGGAGUACGUCUUCGAUCACAAAGAUUUAAACUUUGAGUCGAUAAACAUAUUAUACAAAUUUAUCUACAGAAUUUGGUUAUUAAACUCCUUUCCUCACUUUAAGCAUGUACGACGUAUAGUUGAAGACCUACGGCCAGAGUGUUAUUCAAGAUAAGCCGAUCUCAUAUUAGUGAAUUGAUAAAUUCCAGAAAGUAUAUACCUGCUAGGAAGAUAGUGAUUUCAGGGAUUUGGAGCAAAUUCGUGCUGAUAACGUGUUAUAAAAUGGAAGGAAAUAAGCAGAAGAUCAGGGAGAGAAAGUAUAGUCUGAAUACUUAGUGAGAAAGAUAUUAUUAGAAGUGUGAUAAUAGUGUUGUAAUGGUGUGUUAAUUACAAUGGAGAAGCCUCCUAUUUAUAGGAGAAAAACUAAGCUUCAUAGGAUUAGAGGAUAAUUGUGAACCACACAAUUAUCAUCUAGAAUCAUAAUUAUGAUUUCCUGAUUAUUUAUAUAAUGGUGAUAAUAAUUCCUAAUCAGGAAUAGUUGGAAGAUGACUAAUUCAAUAAUAUUUCAACACUGUUGUCAUUUAAAUUAUACAGAGUAAUGGAGAGGAGUCCAAAUUGAUUCUGAAACUCUCACUUUAUCCUACUCUGCCAAAAUUACCAAAGGCCGUAAGAAUAACCUGCGAAAUUCUUUCCAGGUAUGUUUCCAAACACGAAUCAAAUACUAAGUCGAUUAACUCAAAAAGAAUUUAGUAUUGGACUUCAAUUCUAUCGCACUAAUUGGAUCCCAAAUCUUCGGCUUACCAUCUAUAAAUAUCAGUCGAUAUUUCUUUCUCCGCAUAUGCGAAACAGUGAUUGCACGGAGACUUUCUCCUUCCCCGUCUAAGAGCUUGGCUACAAUUCAACAGGUAUAAUCUUUUUUUUUUUUUUUAAACUAUCUUUUCUUUAAUCGUAUGGCAGGAUUUCCAUACAUGAACGAGAUAAAUGUCUGCUAAACAACAAUUGAGGUUGGGGCCACCUGGAGAACGAUUGAGGUCCUUUGCCGGUUGGUGUCAGUAGUUGAUGAUCGGAGCUAAUUUAUUGCCGCUUGAGAUGAUGCUGGUUCGCAAAUUAAGCUUCAAACGAUGAGCAGAAUAGAAUCUUUCCAGAAUUGUUGCAGUUGGUCCUGCCAGUUCGUCCGGAGGUUUGUCAACCGGAAUUUUGUUGAUGCAGCUGUUCAGAGCCGGACCAAGAAGGUUAAAGCAGAGCGUGAUUUGUCAUUGUCCAGAAGCAGGUGCUUGGAUUUCAUUGCCAGUUGAUACUAUCAAAACUUGAAGAAGCCAUUGUCCUGUUUGUUCAAACUUGCCGUCACUACUCGUUAGCCAAAAAGGUGUCAAUUCGUUUAAAGAAGAAGGCAAUGAAGGAACCCAUUCCAUAGCAGGCUUCCCAAAGAAGAAAAUAAUGAAGGAUUCCAUCCAUAGCAGGCUUCCCAAAGAAGAAAACAAUGAAGGAUUCCAUCCAUAGCAGGCUGCCCAAAGAUGAAAAUAAUGAAGGAUUCCAUCCAUAGCAGGCUGCCUGAAGAAGAAAACAAUGAAGGAUUCCAUCCAUAGCAGGCUGCCCAAAGAAGAAAACAAUGAAGGGUUCCAUCCAUAGCAGGCUGCCCAAAGAAGAAAACAAUGAAGGAUUUAAUCCAUAGCAGGCUGCCCAAAGAAGAAAACAAUGAAGGAUUCCAUCCAUAGCAAGCUGUUCAAAGACGAAAACAAUGAAGGAUUCCACCUAUAGCAAGCUGCCCAAAGAAGAAAACACUGAAGGUGACGGUCCCUAAGCAGGUUGCCAUGUUGUAGCCGGAGAAGAUAAUGAGGCCAUUGCUGGUGAUUGGAGACUGAUUCAAUACCGCUGCUGCAGACUUGUGGAAGAAAUAAUGUGGAGGACUUGAUGUAUGAAGGUUUAGCUACCUUUACUGCCAUUAACUGAGCCCCUGAUGUCAUUGUUGCUAUCUGAGACUAAUUCCACCAGGCUGAGUUGCUGCCGUCCAGAGUUAUUGAGCAGCAAUAUAAUUUGAGGUCGAGUCAAGGAGGGGUCUAUGGUGACAAUCCGUUAGGAAUUCGUCACUCCGCUGGGCGUUGCGCCUUAGAAGAAAAGGUUUGGUUGAUUGUUGAUGUCAUCACGUGGCUGCAAUGCUCUUGAGUCUUGACGUAACAAGAUGAUGAGGAAAAAAAAGUGUGGCCAUACUGGAUUCUUCUAUAUUUUCUCCCUGAAGCCAAUUGACUGAGUCUGAGAUUAAUUGCCACCACCGAGUUGCCUCUUUUUUUUUUUUUUUAAUAUUAUUAUUAUUAUUAUUUUAUUGUAUUAUUAUUUUUCAAUAACAAUAAUAAUAAUAUUAUUAAUGACUUUCCCCCCCUUUUUUUUGCAGUACAAGAUGAUACAGUUUAGAGAUAUAAAGCGUGGAAACAAAAAGUAUCUCUCUGUAUCGACGGGCAAGAAGAGUGACGAUGAGAUUCUCUUAGAGGUGUAUAAGCCAUUUGCUCGUGAAUUUUGGGGCGCAACUGUUGUUUCCUACCGGAUCACAGAUUGGACUCCUGAGUGCGAGUAUCAAGCUCAAACAAUGCGGACUUUAGUAUCUGGCUUUCCUCACAAGCCAUCUUCUGCGAUUCUUCCUUCUUUGGGUAGGCGUAUUAUUGAUGAAAACCUCCCUUUGACAAAGUCCUUAUCAUUUGGUGGCGAGUUUAGAUUCGUCACAGGUUAUUGGGACUGGGCCGAAGACGUUUUGAGUCUGAGUAAAAACGUUCUGGAGGAGGGACUUAUUUAUGAUGCCAUUUAUGCCUCUUUGUUCACGUAUGAUCGGUGUACGAAUGCCAUGCAAGCAUUCUGCGAGGCGUGGUGUCCGACAACGAAUACUUUGCUUACGCCAAUUGGCGAAUUGACGAUCACGCUUUGGGACUUGCACGUUAUUGGAGGAUUGCCUAUCAUAGGAGAUGUAUAUGAUGAAUCUAUUCCCGGUGCCUCCGAUUUGUUAAAUAAGAGCAAUGACCGUUCACUUCAGCUCUGCAAAUACUUGGUUCACGCAUAUCACCUUCUUCUUCCGAAAACCGAAGAUAAAUGUGUUUUGCGUGUCCAUUCGUGGGUCAAAUUCUGGUUCAAAAAGGCCCCCAAAUAUACCAUGCCUCCAUUGAGAACCGAAAAGAAACGAACAUCUCGUGCUAAGGCGACCCAUAAUCCGAGCGGAGCUAUUCCAAAAUUUGGAGGGUGGUCGACUUCUACGAGGGUACCUUUUGAUGUUUUGAAGAUUCCUGCUGAGUAUAAGGAAGAAAUCUAUUUGGCGUCAUUUUUAUCAUGUUGGCUUUGUGUAUUUGUCUUGCCGCAUGAAGGUCCUAGAGCUAUUCGCCCAGAAACUUUUAAAGUUGCUUGCAUGAUGGCUCAAGGGAAGCGGAUAUGUCUUGCAGUCCCAGUUCUUGCUAGUAUUUAUCAUGGGCUCAAUCAGAUCUCGAAUGCUCCAACUCCUUAUCAAGUUAGAACGUGUUUUCCUGCUCACUAUGUUUAUGGGUGGUUGGCAUCAUACUUUGAUACACAUUUUAAGAAUGAGAUUCAGUCUACGACGCCAUCGAUGAUUUCUUAUUCGGGAGAAGGUGGAGCGAGAUCCCUUGAAAAGAGAGCUGCACGCAAGAGAAUUUUCCAAGGAGAUGUAUCAGCAUGGGUGUGUUCUACGCAUCGGAGAAUGAAAGAGUAUACAUUCUUUGAUGGAGAUAAUCCCCCGGAGGUUGAGUUGGCACUUUUUAGGAGUCUUCGGUCUAAUCACCUCAUAUUACGCCAUCAAAAUCAUUGUAUUACCGAGCCUUACACUCCUCAUCGCUUUAAUCGCCAGUUCGGGUACUUUCAAGCUUAUGCGCCUGGUCUUCUUGAGAGGCAUAACCGACGUGUUACACUUUCCGAUGGAUCUCGGUUUUGGCUGCAGUUUGAGCAUGGCAUGUCUGGGGCGAAAGCAAUGUUUCCGACUCCUCCGACUAUUCCAGCAAAGUAUUAUUCCUUGGAAUAUAAAAAAUGGUGGAGCCAAGUUCAUGGUAGCUAUCUCGAGAAUCAUGUGAAUGACUUAAUUAGGAUUUGUGAUCUUGUCGUUGGCGAUGUGAUUGCCCCUUCGGAUCCCGUGACUCCACUCUCCAAGAAGAAUAAGAAGGUACCUGAUAUUGAAGCUAAGUCUUUGCCCCAGAAAAAGGCUAAGCUUGCAGCACCUAGGGCUGAAGUUUUGAUCAAGGAUGCUGAGAAAGAAACACUUCCUGCCAAGGCGAAUGAGAAUCAAGUUCUUGAGAAGCAGAGUAAUGAUGAUAGGAAUUGGAAGCAUCUUCAGAGAAAACCUCAUCCUGGGCCACUGAGGAUUCAUCCAAUCCUUGAUGAUGCUAGUUCUUCAAAUCAUGUUUCUUCAUCUAGCUCAAGUGAAGGAGAAACUGAUGAUCAUGACACCAUUGCGGGGUUGAUGGCAAAAGGUGCCCCAAGUAAUUGCAAAGAAGUUCCAACCAACGAGAUACCGAAAUCCCCUCAUGUGAAACCGGCUGUAUCCGUUUUCAAGGAGAGAACUACUUCUUUACUUUGUAUAAGCGGUUCCUCAUUGAAACUUGGGGCGGUAUUCAAAAGAAGUUAGAAAAGGCUACAGCAGAGAACGUCUCUUCUCUUCGAGAGGAUGUUCAGAGUUGUGUUAUCCUGAUGGAGAAGGACGGUAUUGACCUUUCCGUGUUGAAGACAAGAGUGGAAAUUUUUUUUGAAAGAGCACAAGCAUUUGAUCAAAAGUGCUCGACUAUUGCUGACAGGGUCCCUACGGAGAAGCAGUCUCGGGAAUUGGCUAUGUCACAAGCUUUUUGUGCAGAUAUUGAAGCUAAGAGAUCUCAAAAUCAAGUCGCAUUACUUGAUGAUGAGAAAUCUCUUAAUGAAAUCAAGAAGAAGAUAGCCUUAUUGGAAGCUGAAGCUAAGGAAGUAGAAGUUUUGAUUUCCCAGCGUCAUGCAGAGGCUAAUGACUUGGAUGCAGCUCUUACGAAGGCCAAGGAGGAAUCUUCACGGAUUUUGAAGACUAUCAAAGCAUCAGACGAAGAUCAACUUGCUUUAAGUACCCAGAAGAAGGAGCUAGAGGCUUUGAAGGAUAACUUAGUCAGCUUUAAAUUGUUUUUAGGCUGAGUUUGUUUUUACUUGUUUAUAGAUUAGCUUUUAGUCAGCUAACACUUUCCUUCUUUUCUUUCCAUCAAACUAUAUAUGUAUAUAUAUUUGAUUG